CAGGAACAGGUGGCGGCAGGAAGCGGCGCCGUGUUAAAGCCGAGCGGGGCCGCUCGCACAACAGCGCUACCAUGCAACAGAGCAUUUCAUCGCACGGGGCGGAAUAACAAACAAAACAAAAAAGAAAGAGGAGAAAAGAUACAAUCUUGCAACCGGGAGGGAAAGGGAAGAGGAGCAAGCCUCCCUUCUUUAUUUUGGGCUUGAGCCGAGGCGCUCUCGGCUGCUGCUCCGGAGACAAGAGCCUUGUGCAACAUAAGCAACGCGCUGUUCCCGAGAGGAGUAAUGAAAGUGACCGUCUGCUUCGCGAGGACCAGGGUGGUUGUUCCUUGUGGAAAUGGGGCCAUCACAGUGCACAGCCUGAUCCAACAGGCGGUGACUAGGUACCGCCGAGCCAUCGCCAAGGAUCCAGGUUAUUGGGUUCAAGUUCAUCGUUUGGAGCAUAGUGAUGGCGGUAUCUUGGACCUUGAUGACAUCCUGUCUGAUGUUGCUGAUGAUAAGGACCGACUUGUUGCUAUCUUUGAAGAGCAAGAGCCACACCAUGGUGGUGAUGGUACAAGUGCCAGUUCGACUGGUACUCAAAGCCCAGAGAUAUUUGGCAGUGAGCCUGCACCAAACUCCUUGUCUGCAUUCCAGCCAUAUCAAGCGUCAAGUGAGAUUGAGGUCACCCCAUCCGUCCUCCGAGCAAACAUGCCACUUCAUGUGAGACGGAGCAGUGAUCCUGCACUGAUUGGUCUUUUGUCUUCUGUAAUGGGACCUAACCAUAACUCAGCAGAGCCAUCACGCAAAAACCCGACCCGUUGGUCCACAACACCUGGCUUUCCAAAACCAAGCCAAACAUCCAGUAGUCUUGACAGAAAAAAGAAGGAAACAACUCCAAGGAAUCCAGUGAAUGGACAGGACAACUACAGGAGUUUACCGAGAGAUGCUGGCCAUUGGUCGAACCAGUUUCAGCGAGAUAAUGCCCGAUCAUCUUUGAGUGCCACUCAUCCCAUGGUGGACAAAUGGCUGGAAAGGCAGGAACAGGAGGAAGAUGGAACAGAAGAGGAGAGCAACAGGAUUGAGCCAGUUGGACGUGCUGAUUCUUGCCUUGAACAUGGACAGAAUUUUUCGCUCAGUGAUGUGCUAAAGCUGGUUGAAGUCUCCAAUGAUGGAGGGCCUUUGGGAAUCCAUGUAGUGCCUUUCAGUUCCACAGUUGGAAGGACCCUGGGGUUACUGGUGAAACGUCUAGAGAAAGGCGGUAAAGCUGAGCGGGAGAAACUGUUUAAUGAGAACGAUUGUAUCAUCAAAAUAAACGGUGGUGAUUUGCGAAAUACUCGCUUUGAACAAGCACAACAUAUGUUUCGCCAAGCCAUGCGUUCACAGAUUAUUUGGUUCCACGUGGUCCCCGCAGCAAACAAGGAGCAAUACGAACAAGUCUCUUUUGCCGAAAAAAAUGCGUAUUAUUCCAAUCGAGCCAAUGUAGAUACUCAGCCUGGUGAUCGAAAGAGUGCUAUGAAUGCAAGCUUUGAUGAAACACCACAGAGAUUAUCAAGAUCAAGCAAUGAGACUGAUCAGACUGUUUCCUACUCCCAUCUACCUCACAAUCAGAACUCAGUGUCAAAACCUCCAACUGGCCAGAAUCUAACUCCCCAAAGGUUGAGUUCUACACCCUCUACAGGCUUCAGCACCAAAAAAGUAGGGAAGAAACUGAAUAUCCAAUUGAAGAAAGGUCCUGAAGGUCUUGGAUUUAGCAUAACAUCACGGGAUGUUCCUGUUGGUGGUUCAGCACCAAUUUAUGUGAAAAACAUUCUUCCAAAAGGUGCAGCUAUCCAAGAUGGCAGACUGAAGGCAGGAGACCGACUUCUAGAGGUUAAUGGUGUAGAUCUAACUGGAAAAAUACAAGAGGAAGCGGUGACGCUACUGAGGAACACCAAGAUGGGCGGCACUGUCAGUCUGUUGGUCCUCCGGCAGGAAGAAACCUUCCUCCCUCGGGAACUGAAAAAAGAAUCAAGUCAGAUGCAGGCACCAAGCGAAUUGAAAGCAGAGGAUGAUGACUUGGUGCUUACACCUGAUGGUACCAGGGAGUUCCUGACAUUUGAAAUUCCUCUCAAUGAUACUGGAUCAGCAGGCCUCGGAGUUAGUGUCAAAGGUAAUAGAUCAAAAGAAAACCAUGCUGACCUGGGCAUAUUUGUGAAAUCAAUCAUCAAUGGAGGAGCAGCAUCGAAGGAUGGUAGACUUAAUGUGAAUGACCAGCUUAUAGCAGUGAACAGUGAAUCAUUGUUGGGAAAAACAAACCAAGAUGCCAUGGAGACACUGCGGAGAUCCAUGUCCACAGAGGGAAAUAAGAGAGGAAUGAUCCAAUUGAUUGUUGCCAGGAGGAUAACAAAACACAAUGAGCUCGAGACACCUGGCAGCCCCUCUGGGCCUGAGCUGCCUAUUGAUGCUGUGAUGGACGACAGAGAACGAAGGAUUUCACAUUCACUUUAUAGUGGAAUCGAGGGAUUGGAUGAGUCACCCACUAGGAAUAUUGGUUUUAACAGAUUGAUGGGUAACUACCAUAUGUCUCCGACGGUGAACAUGACCCAGGAUGACACUGUUAUUAUUGAAGAUGACAGGCCACCUGGCAAUCUUCCUCGACUACCCAACCAGCCAUCUGUGGAUUAUCAUCAAGAAAUAAAUUCUGUAACUUCUGGUCUGUGGGUGAAAGAACCUGAUAAAGAUAAAACUGAUGGUGUUUUAAGUCCAGACGUCGAUCCUGCCAUUGCCUUCCAGCGAGAGGGAUUCGGACGUCAGAGCAUGUCUGAAAAACGCACCAAACAGUUUGGAGAUGCCACUCAACUGGAUUUUGUUAAAACGCGGAAAUCUAAAAGCAUGGACUUAGUAGCUGAUGAGACUAAUCUUGAUUCCUUGGCUGAACAGAUAACCACAGGCUCCUCGACCAGGGAUGUUGGGCCUUCAUUAGGACUGAAGAAAUCAAGCUCGUUAGAAAGUCUGCAGACAGCAGUUGCUGAAGUAACUUUGAAUAGUGAUAUUCCUUUCCAUCGUCCACGACCACGAAUCAUCAGAGGGCGGGGUUGCAAUGAAAGUUUCCGGGCUGCCAUUGACAAGUCGUACGACAAACCCGCAGAAGAAGAGGAUGAUGAUGAAGGGAUGGAAACAUUGGAAGAAGAUACCGAGGAAAGUUCCAGAUCAGGCAGAGAAUCUGUUUCAACAUCCAGUGAUCAGCCAUCACUAGCUGGUGGACAUCUGACAGGGACAAUGGAGAAACAGGUCAAUGGCUCCAGAAGCAAGGAGGACAGAAAGAAAGAGAAGACUGGCAAAGAAAGAGAAAAGAAGAAAGACAAAGAGAAGGAGAAAGAAAAAGACAAAGAGAAGAGUAAAGUCAAGAAAGGGAUGUUGAAAGGUCUCGGUGAUAUGUUCAGGUUUGGCAAAUACCGUAAAGAGGAAAAAGGUGGGAAGCUUGAUCGAAAAGGGUCAAACAAGGGCAAGGUGGAAGAAACUCUCCCAUCUGAGGAUGAGCGAACACGAAUGAGACAAGAACAAGAGAGAAUUCAGGCAAAACACCGUGAAAUUCGGGAGCGGCAGGCCCGGGAACGAGACUAUGCAGAUCCACAAGAUUUGAAUAGAGCCUAUGGAUCUGACGAUGACCCAACAUAUGCUGGCAUGAGUUGGUGUGAAUCUUCUUUAAACAGCGGGCACAACCUGAUUUUAAAUACUAGACCGCAGAGUGCAAGAGAAGAAGCACAACCAAUGGAAGCGGUGUAUGCUCAAGUGAAUAAAUCAAGAAAUGGAAAUAUUCCAUCUGUGGAAAGCAACAGACUCGCUCCCAGUAACCACGAUCGGAUACAAAAGCUAAGAAAUGAGUUCCAGCAAGCAAAACAAGAGGAGCUUGAGGACCGGCGACGUACAUACAGUUUUGAACAGCCUUGGCCCAGCUCUGGUCCCUAUGCUCAAAGCGGUCGGCAUUCAGUGUCUGUAGAGGUUCAACUCCAGCGACAGAGACAGGAAGAAAGGGAAAGUUUCCAGCAGGCACAGCGACAGUACAGCUCCUUACCACGGCAAAGCAAAAAGAAUUCCAGUUCCAUGACUCAGGAAGCAUGGGAUAAAGGCUAUGUCCCUGGUGAUGGUUUCCAGAGUGCUAAGGACAAUCCCAGAUACUCAAGCUAUCAGGGCUCUCGAAAUGGCUACCUAGGGCAUGGCGUCAAUGCACGGGUUUUAAUGGAAACGCAAGAACUGCUUCGUCAAGAAGAACAACGACAGAAAGAUCAUCAGCCUACAGAAGGGCGUAACAACUAUGACUCGUACAAAGCUGAUCCCAGCUACAGCCUUCCGAAAGGUCCUUACAGGCAAGAUGUCCCUCCGUCCCCUUCUCAGGUUGCCAGGCUGUCCAGAUUACAAAUGCAGGACAAGGCACGGCCAUUCUACCCCUGACAUGCAGUUAGAACGUAAACAUGCAAGGCAAUAAGUCACUUUUUUAAAAAAGUUAAGAGUAUGUUCCUCUGAAUAUCAAGGGAGAAGGCCUUCAAACGUGUAGCAGGUUUUUUGUGAUGAUGUUUAUUCCAGUGCCUUUAGUAAUUUGAGAAAAGACUCACUGGCCUUAAUCUGCCUCCUUCUGUCUGUCACAUUCAUCAGUCGAUAACAGAAAGACUUUCUCACAGUUUGACAAUCAGGUGGAAGCAGAAGAACAAGUGUGGUGUCAUGAGGAUCUAAUCUUGUGAUUCUUCUCCAGACAGUGUGACUGAUUUUUAGCAAUUCGUAGCUGGAUUCGUUUUACUACCUUCACAAUGCUCUUCUGUUACUGUAUUGUGAGAUACAUGGCCCCCAUUUCCCCCCAUAUAGAUACAGAUGCUCAGCUUGGCAUAAAAUGAUUCAUACUGGAAUUCUGCUACAUUUGUCCCAAGGGGGCAAUUUCACAUGCGAAAUUCACUUCAAUAUUGAUGAGAAAAUGUUCUGUGGUUCAUUGUCUUCGAUUUUAAUAUUCUUUUCUUGGAGAAAUGUUGUCUGUCUUUGAAUGGAAUAGGUCACACUUCAAAAAAGAAUUAAUCUCAAUGUACUUGUAGACCAUGUAAUAUUUUAAAUCUGAUUGAGAAGGCCUUUGAAAACUGUGGAACAUGAUAAAAUGUGCAGCAUACCAUACCACUGUACACUAAUCCUUUAAUUCAUUGAUUGAGAAGAGGAGUAACUGCCAAUAUUAUGAUUUCAGGGAAGAGAGAGCGGAUUCACCGUUACUUAUUUUUUUUUAAAUCUUCCAUCUUUCAGUUCUGUUUACAGCCAAUAACCUGCAGAAAGGAAGUGUUAGCCCAGAUAUCCUGGCUACUACAAGCCUUCAUGGUGACAAGCAGCAACGUGCUUCUUGCAUCAGGCCAUUGAAAAAUAUGGGUAAAAUAAGGAAGAGAAACACGAUGGGUUUUUUGGACAAGUCUGUAACAUUGCAAACAUUAGGUCAAGCAGGAGACCACAUUUAAAUGCUUCCGAUGCCCAUUAUAUCUUUGUAUUGUACCUGAUGUGAGUGGUUUUAUAGUAUACAAUUACAUCUUUGCAAGUUCAAAAUAAGAAAAGAAGAAAAUACAUUUUUAUAUAUAAAUAUAUAAAAAGACAUACAAAUAAGUGACUUACAUUUUAUUAUUGCUUUUACAGUGAGAACCUAGUGUACAUUUGGGAAUUUGGAAAUCUUUCCUUUACAUAAUUGUUGUAAAAGCUUGAUGUUCCAUGAAUAGUGUGGAAUGCAGAGGUUGGAACAAUUAAGUGCCUACAGUUCCAGAUAUGAGAGAGAAUGAAUUUUGGUCAUUUCUCCCACACACUAAAUAUAGUGCGCACUGUGUGAAUCUGGAAGACUAUGCCUCUUUCUGUUUGGCACUUUUUUUUUGUUGUCGAGCUGUUUUUUGGUGUAAGUGAAACCUCUGCACAACUAUUGAUGUCUUGUUUGCCUGUUUGUUGUUGCCUUUAUUCCAGUUUUACUCUAAUGUUUCAAAUGAAAUGUAAGCACAGUGCAAUCAAUUUUUAACGGCUCUUUUACACAGUGUAUAAAACAACCUUCUUGUACAUAUCACUCAGAAUA